UCAAGAGGAAGGCACGCUCAAAGCUCAUGAUUGUGUCUUAAUUUACAAAUCAGAGACGGAGGGAGAUGAAAACCACACUCCAGACAGUAACUUAAUCGGACUUACCACCAGGAUGUUAAAAGUGAAGAGGCUGGAAGAAAUGAACACAUGUUACAACAGUAACAAACUGGAGAAAAUGGCCUUUUUCCACUGCAUGGAAAAGGUUGAGAAAGUGAAAUGUUUUCUAGAAGAAAAUUCUAGCGAACAGGAUUCAAGAUCCGGAAAGAAUGAGGCUAAGGAGAAGACAUGGUCACAUCAUGGCACGAAGGAAACAGCACCUGUCAAAGGCAAAAGGACAUCCACUCUCACAGAUGAUGUCCCAGCUCCUCCUGCCCCAUUUAAUCACCGUAUCGUGACAGCCAAACAAGCAGCCGUCAACAGUUUUUAUACCGUGAGCAGAACGGAAAUUUUAGGAGGGGGGCGCUUUGGCCAGGUUCACAAGUGUGAGGAGAAAGCAACAGGUCUGAAGCUGGCGGCCAAGAUCAUCAAGACCAGAGGCACAAAGGAUAAGGAUGAAGUGAAGAACGAGAUCAACAUCAUGAACCAGCUGGAUCACGUGAACCUCAUUCAGCUUUACGAUGCCUUUGAGUCUAAGAAUGACAUUGUCCUGGUCAUGGAGUAUGUGGAUGGAGGGGAGCUGUUCGAUCGCAUCAUCGAUGACAACUACAAUCUGACCGAGUUUGACACCAUCCUGUUCAUCAAGCAGAUAUGUGAGGGCAUAAGACACAUGCAUCAGAUGUACAUUCUCCAUUUGGAUCUGAAGCCUGAGAAUAUCCUGUGUGUGAAUCGGGAUGCUAAGCAAAUAAAAAUUAUUGAUUUUGGAUUGGCCAGAAGAUACAAACCCAGAGAGAAGCUGAAGGUGAACUUUGGAACUCCAGAAUUCCUUGCCCCUGAAGUCGUGAACUAUGAUUUUGUUUCCUUUCCCACUGACAUGUGGAGUGUGGGCGUCAUUGCCUAUAUGCUGCUUAGUGGUUUGUCCCCCUUCCUGGGUGAUAAUGAUGCUGAGACCCUGAACAACAUCCUGGCCUGCAGGUGGGACUUAGAGGAUGAAGAGUUUCAGGACAUCUCGGAGGAGGCCAGGGAGUUUAUCUCCAAGCUUCUGAUUAAGGAGAAGAGUUGGAGAAUAAGUGCAAGCGAAGCGCUCAAGCAUCCUUGGCUGUCAGACCACAAGCUCCACUCCAGACUCACCACACAGAGGAAGAAGAAUUGCUGCUCGAAUGCAAAGGACCUUGUGACCAAAUAGUCCAUGGAAGGCACCCAUUUGAAAGGAAAACUGCUGCGGUUGCUGCUGCUUUGGGAAGAUUUUUGGAAAAAUCAGCAGUUCUGAUGCCUUGACCCCAAUGAUGACGGGUGGCUAUGGGGGCGGGGGAGCCGCUGCACUUGAACUCCGAGCGCCUGCUUCAGGCCGAUGCCUAGUGCCGUGUCCCAGGGAUGCAGACAAGCCCUGGAACCCUUUCCUCACAUCCCUACGCCCCGUGAUAGUCCACAUUUGGGAAGAUGUUUCCCUGACAUCUUGAGUUUCCAAUGCUUUUGAUUUUAGUCACUGGGAUGAGGGAC